CGCUCCAUCCAGGAUGUGUGACCGCAAUGGUGGGAGGCGGCUCCGGCAGUGGCUGAUUGAGCAGAUCGACAGUGAGCUGUACCCUGGGCUCAUCUGGGAGAACGAGGAGAAAACGAUGUUCCGCAUCCCGUGGAAACACGCUGGGAAGCAGGAUUACAACCAGGAGGUGGAUGCUUCUAUCUUCAAGGCCUGGGCUGUUUUCAAAGGCAAGUUUAAAGAAGGUGACAAAGCAGAGCCGGCCACGUGGAAGACGCGGCUGCGCUGCGCUUUGAACAAGAGCCCUGACUUUGAGGAGGUGACAGACAGGUCCCAGCUGGACAUCUCUGAGCCUUACAAGGUCUACAGGAUCGUACCAGAGGAGGAACAGAAAUGCAAAGCGGGCAUUGCCAACGGGAGCAGCCUGAAUGACGUCACGGAGAUGGACUGCAGUUCCUCUGCCAUCGAUGACCUCAUUAAAGAGCCCCCUUGUGUAGAUGAAUACCUGGGGAUCAUCAAGAGAAGCCCCUCACCCCCCCAGGAGACCUGCAGAAACCCCCCAAUACCCGACUGGUGGGUACAGCAGCCCAGCCCUGCGAUGCCCCUGGUGAACGGAUACUCUGGCUACGAGCAGCAUCAUUCGGCUUACUCCCAGAUGGUGAUCAGCUUCUACUACGGCGGGAGGCUGGUGGGCCAUAUCACCACCUCGUGCACCGAGGGCUGCCGGAUCUCGCUCAGCCAGCCCUCCAGCCACGGCGAGAAGCUCUACGCCCCAGAUGCCCUGGAGCACGUGCGGUUCCCCUCGGCCGACACCAUCCAGAACGACCGCCAGAAGCAGAUCACCAGGAAGCUCUUUGGGCAUCUGGAGAAGGGUGUCCUGCUGCACAGCAACAAGCAGGGCAUCUUCAUCAAGAGGCUGUGCCAGGGCAGGGUCUUCUGGAGCGGGAACACCAUGGUCUACAAGGACAGGCCCAACAAACUGGACCGGGAUGAGGUGGUGAAGAUCUUUGACACCAACUUGUUCUUCAGAGAGCUGCAGCAGUAUUACAACCAGGGCCGCUUCCCAGACAGCAGAGUCAUGCUGUGCUUCGGAGAGGAGUUCCCAGAUGCGGUGCCGCUGCGGUGUAAGCUCAUCCUUGUCCAGGUGGAGCAGCUGUAUGUCAGGCAGGUGGUGGAGGAGGCUGGGAAGACCUGCAGCAGCAACCCCAUGCUCCCCAUAGCUGAGGAGACGCAGCAUGACCAGGUGUACAGGAUCUUCCAGGACAUCUGUGCGACGCACCAGCGGCCGCUCUUCAGAGAAAACCAACAGAUUGCAGUCUGAGCCGCCUCCUCCGCAGACCUAGCGUGGUGGUUUGGGUUGAUCUAGAUCCAAUUUGGUCCCGUUAGUGCCUAAAUUCCCCUUUUGGAAAGUUGGGUUUUGUUCUUUGCUGUUUCCAGUCCAGAGUCUGCAUAAACACAGCAGUAAAAAUU